UUUAUUUUGAAAACUUUACCCGGAAGUGUCCACGCUAAAUGAAUUGAAAGCAGGUAGCUAUGCCUACGCACACCGGCUGCGCACUGUAGGACUAUCUGUGGGUGAACUACGGAUGCGUGUUGAAGACAAAUCUGACAAAACUAUAGAUGACUUUCAGAAAACACCUGUGAAGCCGACAUCCCGUCACGUGGAUUAAACCGCAUUUGGGAGUUUGGUCUGGUCAACAGCCCUGGGUUGAAUAUGGCUCUGUCAUUCCUUUUGGUCUUGGCUGCAACUGUGAUUCUUAUCAGACCCGAGACACCUUUAACAAAGGCUUUACAUCAGAACUCACUCGAGUGCUGUGGCGAGAAACAGAGAGCGAACAACUCAUGUUCAAAUGACACCCACUGUGAACCAGGAUGCUUCUUGCGUGUCCUUGAGAACAGCAACACAGUUUGCAUAUUCUGUGACUCAGGAGCUGUGGAUUUGGAGAACAUUACAGUCUGCACCUACAACUACACAGUGGAGAGGAAAAACCACACAACUGUAACCACUGUCGUUCCUAAAAUUGGAGGGCCGGGUGUGGCAGCCUCUCUUCUUCUGGGAACAAUGUUGAUCAGCCUGUUCCUGAUCCUCUCUGUUGCCUCCUUUUUCUACCUCAAGCGCUCCCACCGACUCCCGAGCAUCUUUUACCGCCGCAACAAGGCCUUCAUAUUCCAACCAAGUGAGACUGCGGUCAUGAUCCCCUCCUCGACAGUGAGGAAGCCAAGAUACGUCAGAAGGGAGCGGCCCUCUGCCACAUCCUCACUGAAGAGUGCCACCGUGCCCACCACCCAGGUCUAUAAUGUGUAGGAGGUGGGGCGUCCGCUGCAGGUACGAGAGAACGCUCAGGAACGAUGUUGGAUUAUGUUUUUAUCAUGUGACGGUUCAGCUGUGUGAGGAAACACCAGUUCAAUCGUAGGUAGGCGGCCAUAUUUAACUUAAUGCAAUCAUCCCAGGAAAAUAGUUUCAGUAUUUCUCUGUAAAUUUGAAACCUCCCAUGUCUGUUUUGUUUUUUCCUCGUAUUCAUGCAGCACUUCAGGAUCACUGUUUUUGUUUUUAGAUCAAAACCCCUGAAGUGAUGAGUCUCAUAAAUAUGUGGACCUGUCUGUUAAAGGAAUAGUUUGACACUUUGGGAAUACACGUAUUCACUCAACUUAAUUGAUUAACACAUUUUAUCUAUUUUAAUCCAUAUAACCUCUAAAAAGUGGAAAAAACACAUUUAUUUAUCGUACUGGCCGGACUAUUGCGGUGACUUGUAAUUUUUCCACUUUUAUGUUUACAUUAAACAAACGAGAUAUAACGUUGUGAAUGUUGUUGCCAUUGGAAAGAGGCUAGCUGUUUCCAGUCUGCUGCCUAUAGCCAUGUUUUUUACAGAGCCGAGAGUUGUAAUGAUCUCCUCAUCUAACUAGCUGCAAGAAAGCGUGGAAGCAUAUUACUUCUAUUUCUUUUAAUGCAAAGAUUAUUUGUGCCAGAGAUCAAGUAGAGAAGCAGGUUUGUUCAGGGGACAAAGUGACAGCCCAGUGACAUUUGAUGGAAGCCUGUGUUUGCUAAAUUGAAUGAUAUUUAUAUGCGUGAUAUUUCUUUACAUGUUGUCACUGUGCACUGAGCUUUAUUGAUUACAGUCAGACCAACAGAAUACAUUGUGUGUGAUAGUCAAGCUCUUCUGGUGGAAUGGGAUAUCUUGGGGAGAGAGCUGUCGGCGCUGUAUGGAUGAUUGGUGACUGCUUUGUGUUUUUAUUCUUGUAUUUGCAUUUUUCGUGAGCUUAACCAACGUGAAUGUAUUACACAAGUACAAGACAUGGUGCAUCGCUGUAGAAUGAAUCAUGAAUUCACAACAGACUGAGUCAAACAUCAUCAUUGUGUUUUCAUAGGAAGGUCUGUGGUCCGACAGAACCUUUUUAAUAUGCCAAUUUAGCUCCAUAAAGUAGAUUUAAAGUACAACAGCUUAUUCUCUCAAAACCUCAAAUUACUGAAUCCAUGCGCACUUUAUAUGUCUGAGGUCAUCAGUUAUGUUGGACCCUGCUUUUAUUUGAAACGACUCGUGGCCAUCAAGUGGGAUUGAGAUUUUCUGGUUGUAUGGAUGGCAACAUUAUUGUUGCAUUGUGAAAUGUUCUUGACUCCCAUUAAACUUUGCCAAAUGUACUGUAUGCCAUAACUGUGAUUACUGUGCCAUUAUGAGCUUUAAAAGCAGCCAGGAAACAUUUAGUCAUGAUGUGGUGAUUAAUUGGGUAUUUGAAUUAUAUCCAGUGGCCUUUAUAUUUACUGUACACUAUUCUAAAACAAGUAUCCGAGUUUUAUUUGUUACAUGCUAUUUAAUUACAUAUAGUUUUAUAUCUUGACAACACUAAUUUGCUCCUCCAGUGUAUGUGAAGCAACGUGAAGUGAACCAGAUAAAAAGGCAGCAAGCAUACAUGAAUAUUCCCGUUGUUUUGCAUAUUGUGUUUGCUGUUGUGCAGACGGCCAUAAGCUGAAGACAUGUAUAUAUUGUUUUAUACAAAUAAUGUAUUGUUUUUGUAAAGAUGUACAUACUCUAGUUUUAAUGCCAUGAGAAAUAUUCUGAAGAUGUGUGUAAUGUUUGGAGAAAUAAAGCACCUUUCCAUAACCA